UCUAUUUUUUAGAUUCAGUAUCAAGAGAUUUAUCUAGCCCUUCCAGCAAUUAUGGUGGCCAAUUCACAAGAGUAGUGCCAUCAUCAGCAAGAAGGAAACCAGCUUCCCUUAUGACAACCCCCAAUCAUGCCAAUGGAGCAUCAACACAUGCAACUCCCUUAACAAAAUACCGUCCUCCACUAUCAGUCAACACUACACCAGGAAUGAAUGGAAGAUAUGGGACUGGUGCUGGCUCGUACUCCAGUCUAGCAUCUACAACCAAUCCCAUGCACAGAAAUCCUCUAAUAUGCCCGUUAUGCUUGCAAUAUUUCACAGACCCGAUCAUGCUCCCUUGCCUUCAUUCGUUUUGCAUGAAAUGCAUUGAUCAAUUGAAAAGAGAGAGCACCCAGAACAGUUCAUUAAAGUGCCCCACUUGCGGUUCAAGUAAAGGUCUGAGCUGUGAAAUGAGCAUCAAGCAGUUACCAAAAAAUUUGUGGCUAGCCCAUCAAGUUGAAAUAGCCACAUAUGAGGAUAAAUUAGGAAGCGGGUCUCAUGAUGUUCCUUGCGAUCGCUGUGUCAAGCAAGCAAAUGGAUUUAGUAUUGUGUUCUGCUCAGAGUGCUGCUUGUUUCUCUGUCGCUCUUGCUCUGAUGAUCACAAGUGGUGUAAAGACACAGUCAAGCAUGAUCUAAUAGAUGUUGGCAGAGCAUUAAAACGCAGUAAAAGCAAUCCUACUGCUGCUGCUAAAGCUCCUAUUGUUUUACAGUCUAAGCCGGUCAAAUGCUCAAAGCACUCUGGAGAAAAUUACAAGUUUUACUGUCAGAGCUGUGAUGUGCUCAUUUGCCAAGAGUGUAUGGUUCAUGAGCACAAGGGACAUGAGAAUAUCUACUUAGAGCAGAUGGCAUCACAGUGCAGGUCUGAGCUUCAGGAAUGGUUGGACAAGUGUAAUUAUGCACUAACAGAUCUCGAUAUUGCUAUUGGGAAUGUAGAAGAGAUGCACGAGCUGCUCCAGGAGAGAAAGAAAGAGGUUGAAAAUGAGAUUGAUACAAAUUGUGAGAUGCUUCAUAAAGCACUUGAAGAAAGGAGGAGGGUACUGCGUGAGAAAUGUAAAGAUAUUUCCGAAGGAAAAGCUGAUGUUCUUCAAUCUCAAAUGGAAGCAUUUCAGAGAAUCAGACAAGUCACUGAGCAUACGAUUAUAGAGUCUUCCAAUGCCAUCACAAAUCAAUCAUCAGCCGAAGUCGUCUCCACUAAACGCGUCAUACUGGAGCAAAUGAAGCAAGCAUUUAACCAGUUCCAGCAAAUGUCGCUCAGCUUGAGUUCAGACGAUGUCAUCACCACAGCAUUCAAUGUGACAUGUGUGACUGAGCGUAUCUCACAAUUUGGUUCUUUCACUGAUCUCUGCAUACCACAGAAAUCAGGAGUACAGCAUGGCCUGGCUAUUCCUUAUGCUGUAGUGGGUAAGAAGAGACAGAUUAGGAUUGUAAUGAGAGAUGACUGUGGCUUACCUAUGAAGAGCUUGGUUCCAUUUCAAGUCAGCCUUGUUGGUAAAGGUGAGCAGGAGUCAAUCACACAGAAAGUUGAUGUCACUCAGUGUCAAGAUGGCAGUACUGAGCUAUCCUUUACCCCCAUCACUUCAGGAUACUUUCAACUAUUUGUUAGCAUUAGGAGUGAGGGGAUUUCUGGCAGUCCUUUUUCAUUGCAUUUUCGUGAAGAGAGGAAUUACUGCUACAUGGAAAAAUCUCCUCAAAUAUUCUCCGUGGGUCAGCAUACAUAUGGCGUUGCUGUUCAUCAUUCAGGUGAUGUUUUUGCCAGUAAUAGCGUGAGUGGGUGCAUUCAAGUUUUCAACAAAGAUGGUACUGAGAAAGAUAAGUUUGGUAAGCAAGGCAGUGGAAAUGGGCAGCUAAGCAAGCCAUGGGGACUAGCAUUAGAUCGAGACGUAUUGUAUGUAGUUGAUAGAGGAAAUCGACGGAUUGUCCUCUUUUCAGCUAUCAAUGGUGAGUACCUGGGUCAAUUUGGAGCAGCAGAUCUAACUGAUCCAAUGAGCAUAUGCUUAGAUAAUUGCGGGCAUGCAUUCGUAACAGAUGGGCCCAAACAAGCCAUACAAGUGUUCAGUACAGAGGGUGUAUACAAGUACACAAUACAGUGUAAUACUUAUCCUUAUGAUGUGGCCAUUGACAAUACAGGAUACAUUCAUGUCGCAUAUUACAAUAACACGAGUGUACAGCUGUUCUCAUCAGAGGGAGGGAGGAAGAGCUCGCUAUCAUCACCACAGACACAGCAUUCAUCUAUUGCAUCACUCCUCUCACCACCUCAUUUCAAUAUAUCGGGAUCAAUAAGUAUGGUCAGUGACUUGAUUACAGGUAUGUCGCAUCGUAAUGGUAAAGGCUCGUCAUCAAUUAAACAAGGAGGAGGAGGAGAAGGAGGUGGAGAGUUUAUAGGAGGGGAAACUCAACAGUUGCAAACUACCAAUAAACCAUCAAGUGCCACAUUCAAUAACAGCUGCAUUCAAGUAUUCUCUCCAGAUGGCAAAAGAGGAUUGUACUCUUAUAGCACUGAUGAGAAUCUUGUGUAUCCUACUGGACUAGCAAUGGACGAUGAAGGAUAUCGUUUCAUAGCUGAUUCUAAUCAUCAUUGCUUGCGUGUGCUCAAUCCAACUGGUAAGGAGAUUCAUCAGUGCACUGGUCUGAACUUUCCUUAUGGUGUUACCAUUGAUGUUACAGGCCAUGUAUAUGUUGCUGAUUCUAGCAAUCACAGGAUUGUAAAAUAUUGAUUUUGCAAGCAUUGCUGUUUUUAUUGUAAUGUCAAUCUAUUCAAACUUCUAUUGAAAAAAAUAU